AGCCAGAGAGGUCCUGAGAUCCCUAGAAUUACAGUCUGACUGCAUUCACACUUUGACACGCAUACAGAGGCGAUAGAGACUACUUCUGCACCAUAACGUAAACAUGCCUAUUUCAAGCAGCUCUACAUCCUCGACAAAGAGUAUCCGCAGGGCAGCAUCCGAGCUGGAGAGGUCUGAUUCUGUGACGGUUUACAUAGACUGCGUUGCCGUUCUAAUGCGCAUUUGGAGAUGUAAAGCGCUCCCAUCUGAUAUCCAAAAAGAUAUCCCACAGUCUCCAAGAUUCAUCGGCAGACGGCAAAGCUUAAUCGAGGAUGCGCGAAAAGAGAGGGAAGCCGCCGCUGCAGCGGCAGAGGCGGCGGAGGCCAGCGAGCAGAUUGUAUUUGAGGAGGAUGAUGGAAAAGCUCUUCUCAACCUGUUCUUCACUCUGAAGAGCUCCAAAACACCUGCGCUGUCCCGGGCCCUCAAAGUUUUCGAGACAUUUGAAUCUAAGAUUCAUCAUUUGGAGACACGGCCGAGCAGGAAGACCAAGGACAGCCUUGAGGGCCUGGAGUACUUCGUCCGCUGUGAGGUGCACCUCUCAGACGUCAGCACGCUCGUCAGCUCCAUCAAGAGGAUCGCAGAGGAUGUCAAAACCACCAAAGAAGUCAAAUUCCAUUGGUUCCCAAAGAAAAUAGUAGAGCUGGAUAGAUGUCAUCAUCUGGUCACAAAAUUUGAUCCAGAUUUAGAUCAAGACCAUCCUGGCUACUCAGACCCUGGCUACAGGCAGAGGAGGAAAACGAUCGGAGACAUUGCCUUCAGAUACAAACAUGGGGAGCCAAUUCCCAGGGUGGAAUACACAGAAGAGGAGAUUGGCACAUGGAGGGAAGUCUAUGCAACCCUUAGGGACCUGUAUACCACCCACGCCUGUAAUGAACACCUUGAGGCCUUCCGUCUGCUGGAAAGGCAUUGUGGAUACAGUCCAGACAAUAUCCCGCAGUUGGAAGAUGUGUCACGCUUCCUCAAAGAGCGUACAGGGUUCCAGUUGCGUCCUGUAGCGGGUCUUCUCUCGGCCAGAGACUUCCUGGCCAGCCUGGCGUUCCGGGUGUUCCAGUGCACCCAGUACAUCCGUCAUUCCUCCUCGCCUAUGCACUCUCCUGAGCCGGACUGUGUUCAUGAGCUUUUGGGCCACGUCCCCAUGCUGGCAGACAGGACUUUUGCCCAGUUUUCACAGAACAUUGGUUUGGCUUCACUGGGAGCUUCAGAUGAAGAUAUUGAGAAACUAUCCACGCUGUACUGGUUCACUGUCGAGUUUGGCUUGUGUAAACAAAAUGGGGAGGUGAAGGCUUACGGAGCUGGACUGCUGUCUUCAUACGGGGAGCUCGUGCACUCGCUGUCAGAGGAACCAGAGAGAAGAGAGUUUGAUCCAGAGGCCGCAGCCGUGCAGCCCUAUCAAGACCAGACAUACCAGCCUGUCUACUUUGUCUCUGAGAGCUUUCCAGACGCCAAGGAGAAACUCAGGUCUUAUGUGGCCGGUAUCAAGCGGCCAUUCUCUGUGAGGUUUGAUCCCUACACAAGCAGCGUGGAGGUCCUGGACAACCCGCUGAAGAUCCGAGGAGGGCUGGAGUGUGUGAAAGACGAGCUCAAGAUGCUGACGGAUGCCCUCAGUGUUUUGUCAUGAUGAUGCCCCCCUACACACCCCUCUCCACCCCCAUCCAUCCAUCCAUCCAUCCAUCCAUCCGUGUGACCGUCCGGCUGCUUUGUGCUGCUGCUCUGCUCUGUGAUGUCCUACGUGUGCCAAGACCGAUGUGCUCAAGUCUCUGUGCCGUAUCUCCAGUGUGCUACUCGUGAUUAUGACUUGUUGCUUGAAAUGGCCGCCUGGUUGACCAGCACGGUUCCAACCAUUAAACACCUCAAUGCACAGCGCAGGCAACGUUUCCAAAGAUGUAAAACGCCUCACCUGAUGUGGAUUCAGUUUGAACCGGUGAUGUCAGUUUAGUGAUGUGCAGCAAUGAUGGGGUUGUACCUGGACCAUUUGUACUUUUGACGCCAAACUUUGUUGUGCUGGAAUCUGAACCAAAUCAAAGGGAAAUGUGAUGAUGAAUGUACUAAAAGAAGACUAAAUGGUUAUGUUAUUGUUAUUUGAAAAAUCAAACAUAAUGUUAUAAUGGAAAGUAAAAUGUAUAUUUUAAUCAAUGCAAAUGAAUCUAAUACAAAUUAUUUUAUUUAGGGAAAAAAAAAUCUACUCAUUGUGUGUAAAAGAGUUUAUUUUCCAAAUAUGUCAGUUUGGUGUUCUUAUUUGGUGUUCGGGCUUUAUGCAAUUUUCGUCUUGGAAUGUAAAUGCAUAAUAAAAAAAAAAAUAUUUAAAAAUGCUCUCCAUGUAUUGAACUGCUGAUUGUAG